AAGACUACAAUUCCCGAAAGGCAGCGAGCUUGGUCGGCGAGGCACGCCGGGAAAUGGAGGACAGGACCAGAUUGCUUUGAGCGGGCAUUGAACAGACAGUUACGGAAGCCGAGGAAGUACGAUUUAACUUCGUUAUUUUUAAAACGGCCGGAUACGGGGCCGCGAUUCUCAAGGCGCUUUUUGUACCUUUAGGCGGGAUUCCGCGGGAGGCUUUCACUCAACCAGAGUGGCUUUUGCACCACGUGAUCUUCGAGGAGGAGCCGGCGGCGGGUCAUUCGUGGGGCGUCUACCUUUGCUAACUGGUAGCAUGGCCGCCCGGAGGGCACCGCAUGGGUUUAAUUCGCUCCUGGAGAAAGAGGCGGGCUGCUGUAUCUUGCAUCCUACGGAGGGGAGAAUUUCAGCGGUUUGUGCAGAGUUCAGCUAGGUAUUGAUUUCCACAUCUAAAGCAAUGCGCUUCGAUACACGCGAAGUCGAGUACAUCGUAUCGGAAGGUCGUAUCCCCGCUUCUGCGUUAAUUUCCAUCGCCAAAGUCAGAAAUGAAGAAAGAAGUCCUGGAUGCCCUUGGAAGAAAAAGCCCAUCCAAAUGACGAAUAUGCUUUGCCUAAGACGUUUUUAUCCAAUUGCAACAAGAUGUUUUAACUGUCGAACUUGGAGCAGCGACAUUUUGUUGAACCAACUCAAUAACUUUACAAAUGAACACCAAGUGUUCAGUCUUGUAUCCAAGAACAGAGCCAGACUCUCUGAAAAACAUGUGAAAAGUGCAAUUAAGAAACUUGUGCAAGUUCAAAAGAAGAGGCCUUGGUCAUCAGAAACUAUGGAUUAUAUAAGAAGUCAUUCUCAGUUUUUUGUGCUUCGCAUCUUGGCAGAAAAUAAGAUUGAAUGUAUGGAUGAUGAAGCAUUGGUGGAUGUGUUAUAUAGUGUGCUCUGGUUAGAUGUUGAUGCCCACGACUCACUUGUAGAAGAGUUGGUUAUAGAAGGCUGGAAGCGAUUAAACGAAUUGACUCCACCUCUGCUAUCUAAAUUUUCAUUGUGUGUACAUGAACAGCAUCUACAUCAUAGUCCACUCAUGGGUGAAAUAGCUAAUGUGGUAGAUAAGAAAUUGGAUUCCAUACAGGAUUCAAGGGCUUUGUCAGUUGUAAUGAACUGCAUAUCUCCUGUUAUCUCAUGGAAUUUUAAAAAACGGUUAACAGAAAAAGCAGACGGCUUGUUUGAAAAAACAAACAUCUCAGUCAAUGAUGCCAGGCGAUUUGUACAGUUUCUCCGGAAUGUCAGUUUUCCGCACUGGCCACUGCUGAAAAAAUGUAACAAUAUUUUUGUCCAGCAUUCACAUGAGUUACAUGUUGAGGACAUUUCUAUCAUUCUUGGACUCUACCAGAAUUUACAAUUCAACAACACCGAAUUUAGAUUACUUGCCAAAGAAAAGCUGAUAGAACAUAAAGAUAAUUGCACUAGUCCGUUGAACGUCAUGCAACUAUUCGUUCAUCUUGCACCCAUAGUACAGCAAGAGAUGCAAAAAGAGUUAAGUGAAAAGAUCCUACUAAUCGCAGAUAAUUUGGAUGGGUACCAAACGUUAAUUGUGGCAGAAAAAAUGCAAGAAGUACAAUACAGAAAUCCACUACUGAUUCAAAAGAUUGUAUCUCUCCUUCACAAAUACUUGGAUCGGUAUAAAGCAUACGAGCUUUUGAGAGUGACAAAUGUGCUAGCCAUGCUGCAUCGGCCCAAAUCUGACAUAUAUUCCAAAUUACAACAAUUGUCAAUCUGCCAUUUACAAGUUAAAAGAGUUCCCGCUGAUAUCCUCAUGCUGGUUCAUGUUCUUUCUAAUCUUCCUUCUCCUUAUGUGGAUGAAGCGAUAGUUACUCAAAUAGAUGCUGUCCUACCUCAGUGCAGUCUGAAUCAGCUCAGUAGCUUUACCGUAAAUCUCCUAAAAUGGAUGAAACAUCAUAAGACAAAUCAGAAAAGCUAUUCUGCACCAUACGGGUCACUUUUGCAAAAAAUUAACAGUUGCGCAUUUCAGAGACUUGAGAGAAUAAAUAAUUUGGAUCUUUUGCUGAAGGAAUUAAAAUACUUACAUGGGAAAUGGUUUCAAGAAGUGCUCCUCGAGAAGACCAUAGCUGCUUUAUAUCAGUUGAAAGAUCAGAUUACACCAUCAAAUGUAGUGAAGUGUGCAUCCUUUCUCAUUGGAACCAACUACCGCUGUACACAGUUACUGGACAGAAUAGCUGCGGUUGCCAUUGAACAUAUUGAUCAGAUUUACUAUUCAGAAGUACAUGUUAUUCUUGUUCUAUUUUCUUUAUUUAAUUAUGAACCCCCUGAAGCUGAGAAAUUUUUUGAGGCUUGCAUUAAUCAUAUCAGUCUUCACUUGGAACUCUUUGAGCCUUCUCUUCUUGUAUUGCUUGGUUACGCUUUGGCUUCUUCUGGGUAUUUUCCACAGAAAAUGAUAAAGGCAAUAUUUAAUAUAGAGUUUCUCUCCAAGUUGGAUACUGAGCUUCAAAUUCUACCAUGGAAAUCAGCAAGGAAGUCCACCCUCCAGCUGAUGGAACUGAAUCGAGCUGUGUGUUUGGAGUGCCCCGAGCUUCAGAUUCCGUGGUUUCAUAAAUGCUUCUGUAAACAGCUGAAGGAAAAAAAGUCUGAGUCGUUCAGUCUAUUGCAACAGCAGAUAUAUAUACUACUUGGAGAAAUCCUAGGAAGAAGCCAUUAUGCCAGAUGUUCUGUACUCACUUCUUACUGCUAUAGAAUUGAUUUUGAAUUUAUAAUUGACAAACACAGAAAACCUGUUCCAUAUAUAGACCAACACGUCGUUCCUAAUUCAGACAACAUAGGUUGUACAGAAGCUGGUCACUCCUAUGGAAAGAAAAGGCUACCACCAGGAUUUCAAAGGAUUGCUGUCGAAUUCCUUGAUUCAGAAGCUUUCUGCAAAAAUUCAAAUCACGUCAAAGGAUAUAUUGCCAUGAAAAAGCGGCAUUUAGAGAUUCUUGGUUAUCAAGUUGUUCAGAUCCCUCACUAUGAAUGGAAUUCCAUGGAAUUGUCAUCCACGGAAGCAAAGACUGAAUAUUUAGAAAAAAAAGUAUUGGGAAAAGCUUUGAUAUCCUAGUAUGGAGGAAAAAAAAUAACAAUUUUUAUACGGACUGUAACAUUGAAAAUUAAUUAUUUUCAGCCUUCAAUAAACUUAUUUUUUUUUUAAUGAAGACUAUUUAUGUUGCAUCUGGAGAUAUCCGUAUUUGGAAUUGCAGAGGGCAAAGUGCAUUGCACAAUUUACAUUUCUUGCACGAAGUGUGACCGUUUUUGGCCAGCCUGUCCUGGCAAAUUACCUAAGUUAUAUCAAUUGACUACUAGGCUACACAGCAUAUGAGCCUAUCCUUGAGGAGUGCUUAGAAGUUGCUUUUUUUGCAAAAUCUAAUAAUUAGGCUGCUACCGAGUACCCAAUCUAUUAUCCUCAUGUUGGAAGACUUGCAAUAGUUGAUAUCUGAUGUCAGGCACAAUUUAAGGUAUGUAUUUUCCCUGCUAAUGCCCUAAAUGCUUUCUGACCUGACAUGAGGGGCUCCUGUUUUGUUACAAACUUCUCCAGGAAUGAAAGGCAGCUGAAGGGCCACUGUUAAAGACAUCCCACUAUUGGCCAUUCAGGGAAGAGCUUUCUCAUAUAACUCCUGAGCCAUUGGAAAGCUGCAUUGCUAUUGAUUCAGUUUGAACUGCCAUUCAUAAUUAUUUAUAAUGCGAACUUUACUUUUUAUGGUUGGUUGCCUUGCAUAUGCAAGGCCGGCCAAGCAGAAUUUGAUUUAUUUAGGUCAGGGGUGUCAAACUGGCAGCCCACCGGCUGGAUGUGUCAGGUGCAGGCCACGCCCACCCCGGCUCCGCAAAGGCAAAAAAGUAAUGAUACAUCAUGUGACGUCACUGAGUUUGACACCCGUGAUUUAGGUGCUCAAUUUAUUAACCAUCUUAAUAGCCAAUAGGUGCACAUACGGGAAAGAAUAAUUCAAAAUAGGCUAACCUAACCAACAGUAAGGAUGUCUACAUAUCCCUCAGCAAUGCAAACAACAUACAUUGACAGAAUCACAAGUCGCCCCGUCCCAUAUCCUGUUGAAAAGGCUGGGGGGUCUUUUUCCCCUAAAAUUCAAGAAACUAUGGGGAACCUUGUUUCAAAAGGCAGGGCCAGCCACAGAGAAGGCACAUUUUUGGAGUCCAACCAGUUGACAUUGCCUCACCGAUGGAACCUGGAGAUUAUUGCUUCUGGCAGUUCUUAUUGAUGGGCAAAAAUAACCAGACAAUAGUAGGCCUCUUAAGUGAGUCAGUACAGGUAGUCCUCAGCUUGCAACCACAAUUGAGCCCAAAUUUAUGUUGCUAAGUGAGAAAUUUGUGGAGUGAGUUUUGCCCCAUUUUACAACUUUUCUUGCCACAGUUGUAGUGAAUCACUGCAGUUGUUAAGUUAGUAACACUGAAAUGAAUAGUGAAAUGUGAAGUGAAAAACACUUGUUUUUUUACAACAGUGAAAAACACUGAAAUUAGUAACAGUGAAAUGAAUCUGGCUUCCCCACUGACUUUGCUUGUGAAAAGGUUGCAAAAAGGGAUUACAUGACCCUGGGAUACUGCAACCGUCCUAAAUGUGAAUUACUUGCCAAGCAUCCAAAUGUAAAUCACGUGACCACAGGAGUGCUACGAUGCUCCCAAGUCACAUUUUUCAAUGCUGUUGUAAUUUCGAACGGUCACUAAGUGACCUAUUGUAAAUCGAGAAGUACCUGUAUUCAUUUAAAUUAUGAAACACAAUGCCUGUUAGUACACCGAAUAAACUGGGGAAUAAGCUUUUCCUGUGCAGAAAAAACUGAUACAGAGAGGGCACAUGUGGAAUACUUGAAUUUUGUGUGUUGGUCAUUAUGUUUUGAAAUGCCUUGAUCAAUCUUCCAGGGCACCAGGAGACCAUUUCUGAAUGCUGUACUAUAAGUUGUGCCUUGAGCUGGAUUGGCAACCAGAGUAUGGGUAAUCUUGAUAACCAGAAACAAUCUCCCCACAAUUAUAAAUUUUAAGUAAUCUUGAAUUAAAUUAAGAAUCUUGAAGUUGAGAUUCUUCAAGCACCCAAUUCUGCCAUAAAAUGGUAAUCCAACAAGAUCUCAAAUUUUAAAGUACUGACUUUAAUUCCAUACUGACAUUUUAGUGCAACUUUAGUAGUGCUUGCUGACAGACAAGCAAUAUUUUCAUUAAUAGUUGCUAAAGUCACAGUAUGCAAACUUACAACCAUUCAGAUAUUUUUGGAUUUCGGUGCCCUCUAACCUGCAAUCACUGGGCAUGCUGGCUACGGUGGAUGGGAAAUGAAUCACAGAAAUUUUACACACACACAUACAAUAUACUGUUGUUGUUUUUUCCUGUAUACAGUUUGUCCUAGAAUUUGUGAUUGCACUUUUAAAAUAAUAGAAAUGCAAGCAUAAUUAGUAUUUUACAGUCUAUUGGGCAUUAUAAAUUACAAUCAAAGGAUUGUCUUUAGUUAUAUUUUAAUUUGAUUUUUUUUAAAAAAAAAUCCAUACAUUUUUAAAUGCCCAUAAUGUUUGAUGCGAGCUGUUUCCAGAAUUCUUAUUAUAAGUAAUGAAAUUCCACCAUUCCUUGUAAAAUAAAGAUUCGCUACUUUGGCUUGACAUACAAUUGAUUGAUUGAUUGAUUUUUCAAGUAAAGAUCUUAUUCUAUCACCUAUCCAUUGAAAUAUCUAUCUCCAUUGUUCAGCAAUAACCUAAUUGGUGAUAUAUAUAAAAACGUAAUGAGUUAUUUUCUAAUUUCUUAUCCUGGCCACCAAAUAUGUGUAGCAAACUUAGCUUUGGCAAAAAUUGAAACUAUUGAUUAAUUAUGUAAGACAUGUAUUUAAGAUAAAUAACACAACAUGAAAGAAUGUUCCUUUUGACUGAUAGCCUUGCUAACAUCUCAGUGAAAAUUGAAAAAAUACAUGUCAGAUUAUUAUUGAAGUUCGAUGCUACCAAUGUGAAGUUUAAGUAAUUCCUAUAUAGGUUCUGAUAAAAAAUGUUUAUGCUGUCAUACAGACUCCCAAAGAAUACCAUCAAAUUGUUCUUCUAAGUCAGUGUCAAUUUCUAUUUCAUUGAGGGCCGCAUCAGGGUCGUGUUUGACCUUGGGAGGCUGGGGUCGGCGUGGCCAGGAUGGGCAUGGCCAGUUCAACAUCACUCAUGUUGGGGAUGCCUGUGGUGGCCCAAGCACUCUGCCAGCAAAAAUGGGCUCCCGAGCUCCUUUUUCAGCUGCGAUAGCCUCCUGCAACCAUCUGCCAGCAAAAACGAAGCUGGGGAGGACCGCCUGCAGUCCUCCUGAGCUCUGUUUUCGCUGGCAGAGGCACAGUGGGCCAAUCCUUUGCUGUUUCCAGGGCGGUUCCAUGGGCCAGAUCUAAGCAGCCUGUAGGCCAGAUUUGGCCCCCGGGCCUUGAGUUUGACACCCCUGAUCUAAGUCCCAGAUUUCUUUUAGUCCUCACCACAAUCUAUUUCAGAAAAUCAGAUUCAAAAUUACAUCCUUAGGUUCUGUAGGGAAAAAAAAUACAAUUUUUCAAAAAGAGUUGCCUCGGAUUUUUGCUCUUUUUUUUGUAAUAUUCAGUUGAUCUGCCACUCAAAUUGUGGGACUUUUUGUUCCAAUUGUUGGUCAUAAUUUUUUUUAAUUUACAGUAUAUCUGAGUUUUUGUAGAAAUAUUUUUAUUUUGUAAAGAUCUUUCCUUUUUCAAGAUUUCAAGAGUGGUAUGUAGUCCUAGUUGUAUAAAGUCCUUUGUCCUAAUUUGGGUAUGUUAUCAAUAGAAACGGAGGUGAGAUGCUUGGAAUAAAAUCUGAAAACUUCAUCCUGGAAAUUCAGCAGAUUAUUAUGCUUACAUAAUUUUAUUGGUGAUUUAUUUUUUAAAUUUUGGAAAGGUGUUACUCAGAUUCUGUAUAUGGUAAGUUUAGGUACUGAUUAUCUUGUAUUGAGAAAACAGUACUUCAAAUGUAUACCAUCAUGUUAGAUUCUGGGAUAGGUGUGUGUGUUUGCGCGUGUCUAAAAAUCUUACAAAUUCAGUAUUGAUAUUAACUAUGCUAGCAAUUAGUUGACCUUUAGAGUCUUAGAUUGAAUCUCCCAUUCUAAAUAUGAACUUUCCAUUGUUACCCUUCAAAAAUCUAUGCACUUUAAAGUUUAACCCUUUAAAUUUUUAAAAAAAUUAUUAGUGCCUAGAGCAAAAUACUGUUUAUUAAAUGUUUUGUUUUUGAUAUUAUGUAUCCUCUUAAGUUUCUUGUAUUGUAACAAAAGAUCGUGCAUAACUAAAUAUUCUAUUUUUUUACUGUAUCCCCCAGUCUUCUAACUUCCCAUGAAAUAAAUGUACAAGUAUCAAUCAUAAAAAUAACAUUGUUGCUGCUUUUGGAUACUUUGUGCCUUAUAAAAUCAUUGGAAUUUAUUCUGAGUUUGUAAGAAUAAACCAUUUGUUGCUUGU